GUUGCAUAAAGGUCAUGUGUUAACCUAAGUUGCAUUUUCAAAAUGUCAAACUUCGGAUUAUACGUUAUUGUGUGACUUUAUAACAAUUUGCAUUAGUUCCCAUGGCUCAUUUACCGAUAAGUAACGCGAAUGGGGGAGGUUUCUAGAACAGUGGUGCGUAAUCGACUGUUAGCCGCUAGAACGUGUUCUGUAUACAAAUUAUCGAUGUUCUGUAAUUUUAUUUAUUUACUAGCAACAAGAUCCUGACUAUCAGAUAAUAACAAAUAACAUACCUUUUAGGCUGUUAGAAUGCAUUACAAACUAUGGCCUUUCAAUCCUGAUAUCAAGCCGUUUCAGCAAUUAUCAAAAUAAUACUUUUUUGCAGCAAAAAACAAAAUGCACUUGAUCAGGUUGAGUGCAUAAACUGUAUAUAAUAUGCCUUUUACUGAAAGAAAUGGUGUACUUAUGAAUCACAGUACUUCAAAUAACGAUCACUUUUCAUCGACAACAGAGUCUUUCUCAAGAUAUAAUAAAGAGGAUUAUUCAUCAAGCCUAGAAAUGUUUAUCACUUUACACUACGACUCUCGUAGUAUGAGUAACAGUCUUCCUAUAACCCACAGAAAUCCUGCCUCAGUAGAAACCAUUACCGAUUCUACUGACCAGCAACCAAAGGAAAACAAAAAGAAUAUGUAUAAUCUGGUGGCAGAAUCGAGCCGAUUUAUCGUCGAAGGAAGGGAAAUUGAUGAUAAUUAUCUAUCUGCAGCCCACAGAUAUACUGUGAAUUUUUCCAAAUUAUACUCUAGUGAGGCAGGAGCAGAAAAUGUAGAAUAUUAUGACUUUGAAUACAAGGAUUCUGGUGCGUGUUUUUACAGAAACUCAAUUUUUAGUUGUGGUGAUCAACAUCAAAAUUGGUUUGGUAUCAUGCCUAAUGAUGGAGCAGUAGCCAUAAGUCUAGCAAAAACAUCGAUAUAUUUCAAAUCACAUUGCAGUAUAUCAAUACCAGAAAAUAAACAAUUACAUCAGAAUGGCGCAGAUAUUAUUACUUGUAAAGAAAGUAAUUCUGAUAAGAAUUUAUUAACAUUAGAAAAGAAAACAGAAAAUAAAAUUCAUGGAACAAACUUGAACUAUUUACCAGCAUGGUUGGUAAUAGUUCGACGUGAACAAGGUUCAGAUUUACGUGGUUGUGUUAUCAAUAAAAAUUUAAUUAAACACAAUAAAUCAAUCGCUUCAUUAUUCAUACAUGAACCUACUGUAAAUAGCUCUUCAACCUUAAAUGAAAGUAACAACAACAAUUUACCUAGUACUACUACUAGUAGUAGUAAUAAUAAUAAUAAUAAUAGUACAGUGACACAUCCUACAAAUGAUCAUUUAUCAAUGAUUGAAAUAUUGAACAAAACAAAUCUCCCUUACACAAAAUCAACAUCAUCAUCAUUAUCAUCUACACUGAAUACAACGACACCGAUUACACCAAGUACAACACCGCCACCACAACCACAGACAACGACACCAACAACCAACACAUCGAAUCAUUCCCAAUCGAUUAUAACAAAAGCAAGAAAAUUAAGUAAAAAGAAUUCAAUAAAAUCAACUGAUACUUUAUUGUUAAAUCAUUCCACCAAUGAACAACAAAUGAUAUUACAAUAUUUAGUGAAAAAUGAACAUGUUAUGGAUUAUUUAAAACCUGGUCAACCAGAUCGGAUAGUUUAUGAAAAAUUAUUAAAAUUAGAUGAAAUGGAGUUAUUGAGUAAUCACAAAUUUGGUGUAUUAUUGUGUAGAAAAGAUCAGUCAACUGAAGAAGAAAUGUACAACAAUGAACAUUCAACACCAGCAUUUGAAGAAUUCCUGAAACUUUUAGGUCAAAAAAUUCGUCUUCGUAAUUAUUCCGGUUAUAUUGGUGGAUUGGAUUAUCGAAAUGACUCUACUGGAUUGGAGACAUAUGUCACUGAAUUUCGCGGUACAAAUAUUGUAUUCCUUGUAUCUACACUUCUACCAUAUGAACCGAAUAAAACGGAACAGUUAGCUAGAAAACGACAUAUUGGUAAUUCAUCAGUUACAUUUAUAUUUGUUGAAGAAGGUGCUAAACCAUUUCAACCGGAUACAAUAAUUUCAGGUUUUCAAAAAGUAUUCAUUUUAGUCAAAUAUAUACGUUUAAAUGAUAAUGGCAGUGAAAAUACUUCUGUUCAUAACAAUAAUAAUCAUAAUUAUAAAUUUGGUUAUCGUGUGGCUGUUUGUCGAGCAAAAGAUGUACCACCAUUUGGACCAAUUAUAUCAAGUGAUUAUUUAUUUAAACACCAUUUGUCAUUUGCCAAUCUUUUAUUAACUAAAGCUAUUAAUGCAGCUUAUGCUGUAUUGAAAUAUUCAAAAUUUCGUGAAAUUAUGCAACGUUCACGAAGAGAUUAUCUACAUCAAUUUUGUACUGAACAUACAAUUAAUACAGAGAAUGAAAAUUUAAAACAUGGUAAAAUGCACAUCUAUCGAAGACAUUCACAAGAAAAAUUAAAACAAUUAAAAAAUUCCAUUAAAUUUCGUACAAACAACACCGCAUCCAUCAUAGAUCGUGGUGACCUUAUGCAAACAAAACCGAAUAAUCAUCAACUUGAUCGAAUUAUGUCAUUUAACCACAUCACCAAUUUAAUACAAUCUCCAAAUCAUUUCAAUCAAUCAUCCAGUAAUCAUUUAAAAUCAUUUGAUGCUUUUCAUAAAUUUCAUUCUGAUGGAUUAAUUAUUAAAUCAAGACAAACUUAUCAUGAAACAACUAGUACUACUAGUAAUAGUACUACUACUACUAAUACUAAUUCUACUAAUACUGAUGUAGACAGAUCAAAAGAAUACAUUCAUUUAUCAAGUACAUUUAAUAAUUUACUUGAUUUCGGUCAAACUCUGUAUGUUGGUUUAAAAAAAUGGCAAAAAAUUGAUGGAUGGCAUUCAGUGAUGGAAUUAUUACCGCCGAAUUCAUUGUUGCCAAACAAUAACAAUAAUCUCAAAACUACAACUACUACUACUACUACUACUACUACGAACGGUGAUGUCUGCUCCAAACUGAAUCAUACAUUGCAUUCCACAGGAGCAUUGAAUAAUUAUUAUUUUGAAACACAAAUUGGUGUGAAUCGUAAUUGGUUAUUGAUUUUCGCGCCAUAUACUAUUUCAUCGAAUUUAGCCAAUCAAAUUCUAUUAGCUAUACCAUUAGUUUCAAUAUUUGCUUGUUUAUUUGAACAUAAUAGAAAAGUAUUACGUAUCUAUUUCGAUUGUGGACAAUAUGUACAAAUACAAGAUAUAUAUAAUUCAUAUCAAGCGAAUGAACAAAAUAUUUUGGAACAAUUAAUCAAUUUCAUAUCUUAUUGUAUAUAUCCGAAAGUAUUACAAAAGUGUAGUCAAGUUUCAAUGAAAAUUAAAAAUACAUCAAUUCACAACACUGCUAAUCAUGCAACAUUUCAUGUACAUGAUGCUGAAAGUAUACAUCAAACUAAUCAUGACAAACUACAACAGCCAAAACAAACAAUUCGUCAAUUAAGUGAAAAUAAAUGUUCAACUGCUAAUAAUAAUAAUAAUCAUUUUUGGUCAAUAUCCGAUUUAGGCUUAAGUGUAUCUUGUUUAAAUCCUACUAAUAAUAAUAAUAUAGCGCCUCAUUCAAACACUGCUAGUACUAGUACUACUACUACGACUACUACUUCGUCGUCAUCAUCAACAACAACCACCUCAUCAUCACCAUCAUCAUCAUCCUUAUUAUCAUCAUAUUUUCAUUUACCAUUUAGUUCAAAUCCAUUUCCAUAUAUAUUAAAUUUUCAUUAUCAAAAUAAAGUCAAUCAUGAUCAUUGUCAUGUAUUCAAACAAUCCAAUAAUCAAAUACUCUUACAAAUUGGUCCAUAUCAUUUACCAGAAUUAAUACGUAUAAUACAAAGUAAAAAAUCAUUAUGGUGUUUACAAAAAUUCAAUUUAUCUGGACCAUUUGUAAAUAAUAAUUUAUAUUUUCCGCUAGUGUAUGAUUUACAAUUCUCGACACAUUUAUUAGCAUUAAUGAAUAAAUUGAAAUUUUCUACAACAUUUAAAAUGAUUUUAUGUGAUUUACCAGAAAUUGAAAUAUUGAAUCGUGCACGUAUACGACAAUGUCAACGGCAUCAAUAUGUGAAAUAUUAUAUUGACAAUAAUAAUAAUAAUAAUAAUAAUAAUAAUAUUAAUAUUAAUAUUAAUAAUCAUAAUAGUAAUAAUAAUAUUCGUAAAGAAAUACGCUUCUCAUAUCCUCAAAUACUUAACUCUACUAGUUAUCAUCAACAUCAACAUCAUCAUCAUCAUCAGUAUCCUCAUCAUGUACAGCAACAACAACAGCUGCACAUUGAUCAAUUCAAUGAAAAUGAUGAAUUCGGCGAGGUGCAUAGAAAAUGUCUCCAAACAAAAAUGUCACAUUCCAUACAAUUGACUGCAUCGAUUGAUAAUGUAUUGCCAAUGAUGAAUGCGUCACCACAUUAUCAUACACAACAUUCUUUAAGUGGAUGUUCCGAUCAAAAUAUACAAACAGUUAGAAUGUCACAAGAUUGUUCUGAUUGUCAUAGAAGGAAUCAAUCGACAAGUCGAAAAUAUCGUUCAUUAGAUGUUCAACAAAUUUUCCCCAAUGAUCUGUAUACAAAUUUAGAUAAUCAACAUAGCGUGAACAGUGUAUCGUCGGUGAAAGCUGACGACAAAGAAACUUCGAUUGAUUCCAUUGGAAAUGGUUUACCAACCAUGAAUUUAAUUGAAACAGCGAAUUAUGUUCAAUCAAGAAGGCGAACACGUAAAUUGGAAUUGAUUUUCUCGAAAAAAUCAAAUCAUAUGAAUAAUUCAUCAACUGUUGUGGAUCAGCCAAAAACUGAUGAACAGUGUCUGAAUAAGAAAUCAGAAAUCACAAUAUUUAAUAGUAAUUAUCAAGAUAAAAGUGAAACGAACAAUAAAACCCCUAAUCCAUUUGGAACAUGUACAACUGAUGUCAAUGAUCAGAAUGUUUCCACAAUUUUUGUCAAUGACAAAAUACAAAUUGUCAAUAAAUCCAAUGUGGAACAAACUAAUCUCAGUAGUUGUUCAUUGUCGACAUCGAAUGCAGAUUCGAUUAAAACAAAUGAUUUAUCAUCAAUAGAUCAGUCAACAAAUUCCAGUGUUAAAACAACAACACCAACAGCAUCGGCAACAACAAUAAGAACACCACCUUAUGUACCAGUGAAAUGGAGACGUGCUAAACUGGAGAAAAAUAAUUUACAUUGUAAUACAGAUGCUAAAAUUAUUACAAUACGUCGUCGAUUAGAAAACACUGGAGUGAAUACAUGGAAUACUAAAUCGCAUACAACGACUACAUUGAAUAAAUUAGAACACAAUCGAUCCAAUAAUUUAACAUUGAAUACCAAUAUGAAAUUUAUCAAUCCUUCAAUUAAUUAUAUCACACCAAUCAAACAAAAAAGUCGUCUAACAAUUAGUAAAGAAACUUUUACCCAAUCUCAUGAUACAUAUGAAUUCAACAACAAUAGUACUACUACUAAUACUACUAAUACUACUACUAUUACUACUGCUACAAUGAAUCAAUGUAAUGAUGUGGCAAUUCAACAAAAACCAUAUGAUUUCACAGAAUUAAAUGAAAAUGAACUUCGAAGUCAUUUAAAGAAAAUCAAUGAAGAAUUGUUGUUAGAACAAUCUCGUCGAAAUCAUUUAGCAAGUAUAUGUGCUGAUCUGAUGGAAGAGAAUCGUAAACUUCGUGAUGGUCAAUCAAACAAGAUGAUUCAACAACAACACGAACAACAACAAGAACAACAAAUUGUAACCACUGAUCAUACAACUCUUACUUCAUUAUUACCAGAUCAAUCAACUGGAUCAAUGUAUAAAAAUUAUAAAAAUAAAAAAGUAAAAUUAAAUUUUAUCAAUGGGAAAAUUAAACAAAUCAGUAGUAAUUCAAGUAUAUGGAAAAAAUCUAAAGUGAAAUCGCAUAUUUGUAAUCAUGAAUCAGAUAUUUGUAAAUGA